AUGUGUGAUGCUCUCAGUACAUUUCUUCAGACUUACCGGAGUACACCUUGUUUUUCAUCUCCAGACGGCAAAUCACCAGCAGAAGUUUUGUUCGGUCGUCCGAUUCGUACUAGUUUGGAUCUGCUCCGUCCACCAUCCGAUCGUGUACAAUCGGAACAAUCGAGUGAGAUUCAUCCCUUAAAGCGACAAUUCAUCGUUAAGGAUACGGUGUAUGCAAAAGUAUUCGUCAAGAACCAAUGGCACUGGGUUUCAGGAACAGUUUUGGAACGUGUAGGUCGUGCAAUGUACAACGUUCAGCUCGAGAAUGGUAAGCUUAUUCGGUCCCACAUUAAUCAGCUUCGAGAUCGUACUGAUUCUGAGAGUCGCAGAGUACCAGCAUUGACAGAUAGAACGAAACUUCCUCUCAGCAUUCUACUCGAUGCUUGGAACCUUCCGGCUCGUUGCACACCAGAUCCAUUAGCACAUUCAACACCAGUAGCACCCAUUCCAAGCUGCUCUAGUUCGAGACAGUCGUCAGUACCGAAUACCUUGUUGAGAAGGCCCACAUUGUCAUCGGAGUCUUCGUUGUCAGCAUCGUCUUCGUCAUCUUCGACAACGCCAAAUUCAACAUCAGAAUUUCAGUCUGCUAAUGAAGCCGACUCAGCUGUACAGGUUCCUCGCCGCUCUUCGCGUGUACGAAGAGCUCCGCAAUGGUUCGAUCCCUAUCAGCUGUAUUAG